UAUUGCGAAGAUAUUUUUUGUUGUUGAUAAUUUCCGUAAUAUGUUAUCUUUUUUAUCAAAUAAAUAAUCUGUAUAAUACAUCACAACCAUUUCCCCAAAUGAUAAUGAUGAUGAGAAAAAAAUUCAAUUCAAUUCAAGAUGAUGUUCAAACCGAUCAAAAUGAUUACAAUGAAGAUAAUAAUAAUAAUAAUGAAAUAAUAAAUGUAAACACAAGCAUCAGUGUACUAUUGAUUGUAUGUGAUCGUUUAUCAUUAAUACAAUCAACAUUGAAUCAAUUAAAAUCGAUUAAAGAUGAAACGAUUGCUUCAUUUCAAAAUAGAUAUAAUAACAAUGAAACAAAUAUUAAUGGUCAUAAUAUUCUACAAAUGAUGAUCAACAUGCCUAUUUUUGUAAGUCAAGAUUGUGGCGAUGAAAAUGUUCAUGAAUUGAUUGAAAAAUAUGUCAAUGAUAGUGUUGUACAACAACAUUAUAUAUUUCCAUUACAAAAUAAACCUAUCAAUAUUAAAUAUAAAAAAUUCAGAGGCUAUGUUAAAGUUAGUCGUCAUUAUAAAUGGGCUAUCAACAAAAUCUUUCGAACAUAUCCGAUUAUCGAUAAAUUGAUUAUCGUCGAAGAUGAUCUAAAUUUUUCUCCCGAUUUUUUUGAAUAUUUUCUAACACUAUCUACUCUUCUUGAUAAUGAUAAUAGAAUCUAUUGUAUUUCUGCUUGGAAUGAUAAUGGAAAAGAUCAUCUAAUCAAUCAUUCGGCAAUAUCAUUAUUAUAUUUAACUGAUUUUUUUCCUGGUCUUGGUUGGAUGUUAAAAAGAUCAUUUUGGUAUGAAAUCAAAGAUAAAUGGCCAGAUGUUUUUUGGGAUGAUUGGCUACGACAACAUGAACAACGAAAAAAUCGUUUAUGCAUUAGACCAGAAUUAUCACGUACAAGUACAUCAGGAAUGAAAGGUGUUAGUCGUGGUCAAUUCUUUAAACAACAUCUUUCAUUCAUUCAUCAUUUUGAUAGAUAUUUUCCAUUUUUUCAACAUCAAAACAAUAUUGUUGAUCAAUUAUAUCCAGAAAAUUAUGAUCAAAAAUUUUUAUAUCAAGUUUAUAAUAAAAGUCAAGAUAUUCAUCCGGUAGCAUUGAAAAAAAUGGAUCCAAUUUUUGUAAAUAAAAAUAUUCAUUCUUCAUAUCGUUUAACAUAUUAUACAAAAAAUGAAUUUAUUGAAUAUGCAUCAAUGUUUGGUCUUAUGAAUGAUAUUAAAUAUGGUGUUCCUAGAACCGCUUACAAAGGAAUCAUUAGCUUUAUGUAUAAUGGAUUAAGAAUUUAUUUGUCACCACCGGUUACACGUAAAAUUUAUUUAAUCGAUUGGAAAUGAUUUUUUUUAUAAUUAUAAAAUAUUCAAUUUUUCAUUAAAAGUAUUAUGUCAAAUAAAAAAAAUCAUGAUGAUUGUAUUCAUCAAA